AUGGUGAAUUGCUCUGAACCCAGCCCCCGCUCCCUGCUGGAGGCUCUAGCUCCAGUCUUUAAGCUGAACUCCAUAAGGCCGGUGAUAAACAUCUCGACCCCCACAACUGUCAGCACUGACUUCAUCCUGUAUGGAAUCCUGGGAGUGGAUGAAAAGGCCCAGCUUUUGACGACUUACAUCUGGCUAAAUUUUGUGUGGCAGAAUGAGUUUGUCUCCUGGGACCCGAUCCAGUGUGGCACUGACAAGAUUUCUCUCCCCAGGAAGAAAUUUUGGGUGCCGGAUGCUGUUAUCAAUGAAUUCAUGUAUCAAAACACAGCGCCUGAUGUCCCAUAUGUGCAUCUGUACCACAAUGGUUACAUGCAUGAUGCUUUACCUGUCAGAGUGGUCAGUUCUUGUCACCUCAACAUCUACACCUUCCCCUUUGACAUCCAGAACUGCACUCUUACCUUCAACUCCUACACACACACUGUGGAAGAAAUAAAGAUGGUCCUGGGGAUGCCGGUGGAGGGAAUUUUGCAAGGCUCGAAAAACACGAUGAUCACCAUGGGGGAGUGGGAGCUGCUGGAUAUCACCUAUCAUAAACACAUGCUAGGAGGCGAAAAUGGCUUCGACGAGCUUGCAUUCCAUAUCAGGAUACGGCGCAGAGCUACCCUCUAUGUUAUGAACCUCAUACUCCCUAGCUGCUUCCUGAUCACAGUGGACCUCUUCAGCUUCCUGUUGCCUCCGCAGAGUGUGGACCGGUCCUCCUUUAAAAUGACCCUCAUCCUGGGCUAUACUGUCUUCCUGCUCAUCAUGAAUGACCUGCUGCCUAUCACUGGAAACACCAUACCUCUCAUAAAUGUAUUCUUCUCUCUCUGCCUGGCUCUGAUGGUGGCCAGUCUCCUGGAGACUAUCCUCAUCACCAACCUCCUUUGUGGUUCCGCUAACUUCUCUCCACCCCCCUACUGGGUCCAAGUACUGGUUCUUCGUGUCCUAGGCUGUCUUGUUGGCCUGCCUCCAAAGCCCAGAGAACAAAAAGAAGCAGUGACACUCAGCCCUGUAGUGGCAGAAGACAGCAAGGCUGUUGAGGAAGUUCCACAGGAGAAGGGGUCAGUGGUGGAGGACAAGGUCCUGAAGGAGCUGAGGAGGCUGGGCCAGCACCUCGAGGCCAUCCGCCUCCAGGUGGACAGUCAUGUGAGUGGGGGCCACGGCUCUGAGGAGUGGAUCCAGGUGGGCUUUAUCAUCGACCGCUUGCUGUUUGGCCUCUACAUCCUUUUCAUAUCUUUGAGCUUCAUUGCCAUCAUCAUUAUCUGGGUCAACUCAUACAGCAAAUAGACAAGUAGCAUCUUUCUGAAGGGCUUCAUUUAUGUAAUAACUUGUCAAAUGAUUGUUUAGUUUCCUCGAUACAUUAUAAGUUUUACAGACUUUAGUAAAAAUCUUAAUAUAAUCAUUUAUUCUGCACAUUGUGCUGUUCUGUAUACCAUACAGUCCUAUUACUCUUUAUAAUUGUGGAUUGCCAUAUCAUCUCCAUAUAGAUGGAAUAAUUACAUACAGUUUAGAUUAAGCCAGGUGUUAAAGUAUUUGUGUCAUAUGCAGCCAUUGCAGAAUGGAACAUAUAUUAUAGAGCAUAACAGUUUUGUGUGAGAGUUUUAUUUCAUUCAUUUUG